UAUAUUGAUCAUAUAAAUUUCUAAAAUGAACUUAGUAAUCAGAUUGCAGAAAUUCCUUUGAUGUCUCGACCUUAAGGUGGGCGCAGUCUUUACCAUCUUUGUCAGCUUUUUAUUGUUCCUAUAUCACUUAGCAAAUGCAUGACUGAUCUUAAUAACCGGAAAUGACGUUUGGACUCUUGGAGUAGAAAGAGAGCGUGAUGGAAUUGAUGGCUUAAUAAGUAUGCUCAACUUCAUUGCUGCUUUUAUUGCUCUAAUCAGGCUCUUUUAUGGCAUACUCACAUUCUGCAAAGGGUUUGAAAGGACAUCACUUGAAAAGUACUUCUUCGUCAUCUUCACAAUCAACAUUUACGACUCUAUCGAGUUUAUACUCAGAAUGAUAGUAGAUUUCGAGCUAUCAAGGGUCAUUGGUCUACCAAUUUUCAUUAUAAUAUUAUGGUAUUCCACUCAGAUAAUCUACUCUUUAUUGGCAGAUAGAGAUGAGGAGUUCAGGUUUGGUUCUCAAAGGAAAAAGUUCCAACAAAAUAUUCAUAACCCAGACUCUUCAUCAUAUGGAUCUAUAAAUCCCCAUGAUGAUUAUGAUCGCAGAGAUGAUUAAUAAGUGCAAUUCAAUAUUAUAGAUUACAUAA